AUGUUUGAAAGCCUUGUCAAAGGUGCUUGGGUCCCCACGAAGCCCUAUUCUACCCAAGUGUAUCAGGAGAGUUGGGUAGGAACAGGAUUGAUCGGCUUCAUCACUUAUGAAAUCAAGGAAGCAAAAGCUUUGAAAGCUUUGAGUUUUGCACCUGCUCAUGGUCAUCAUUAA